UGCAUCAGUCAUAUUCAAAAUAAAUUCUUUGUUUUGGUGCUCCAAAUUCCCUUUGAUUCUACCAUUUCCUACCCAACAUUUCCACCACCAAACCCAAAUCAAUGGAAGUUAAACGCCGUACCGCUCGGAAUCUGGUAGUCAAACUAAGCUCAGUUUCCGAGCAGACCCGGACCGAAGCUUUGGGCGAGUUACGCCUAAUUUCCAAACAUGAUCCCGAAAGCCGAUCCUUAAUUGCCGAUGCCGGAGCCGUUCCCUACCUCUCCGAAACGCUUUACGGCUCUUCUCCAACCAUUCAAGAAAACGCCGCCGCCACUUUGUUGAAUCUUUCCAUUACUUCGCGUGCUUCUCUCAUGUCCACUCGCGGCUUUCUCGACGCGUUAUCUCACGCGCUAAGUAAUUCACCUUCUCCUUCCGCGGUUCAGGCAUGCGCCGCCACGCUUUACAGCCUUCUCAUUGCGGAGGAGUCUUACCGUCCGAUAAUUGGAUCGAAACGUGAUAUUCUUUACUCACUGUUGUCGAUAAUCACUGCGAACAGCGCGCCGCCUCCGUCGAUUAAGGAUGCUUUGAAGGCUUUGUUUGGGAUCGCGCUCUACCCGUUGAAUCGGGACAGUUUGGUGGGUCUUGGUGCGGUUUCCGCUUUGGUGGCGUUGAUAGUCAGGGAUGCGAGGAAGGGGAUUGUGGAGGACGCCACGGCGGUGCUGGCGCAGAUUGCGGGGUGCGAAGAGAGUGAAGAAUCGAUGAGGAGGGUGGGUGGAGUUAGGGUUUUGGGUGAUUUGCUGGAUGAAGGGACUGGAGCCAGUGAAAGAAUAAGGGAAAACGCAGUGGUGGCUCUGCUGAACUUGGCUCGCUGCGGCGGCGAGAAGGGGAGGAAAGAAGUUAUGGAUAUGGGUGCUAAAGUUAUCGAAGGGAUUACCGACUUGACGAAGAAUGGAAGUGCUAAAGGGAAGACUAAGGCAGUCGAAUUGCUGACAAUCGUUGUUGAUGGAGAUUGGGACACAAAACAGGUGAGGGAUUUUAGGUCCAGUGAUUCCUUUGAUUCCGUGAAUAAUUCUAUAUGAAGUGCUUCCCAUUUUGAUCCUUUUGUUGUA